AUGUUGAAUGAAUCCCAAUCUUUGUCUAACAUGACAUCUGUUAGUGAGAAUCAGGAACUAUUCAGAUUAAUUCUAGUUGGAACCCUAUCUACGGUUCCAUCUGUUAUUUUUCUCUACAUUAAUGGGACUAUUCUGUUCACUCUCAGGAGUAAAGCUGUGUUUCGUGACACAAGUCGGUACAUUCUUCUCUACAACCUCCUUUUGACAGACACUCUUCAGCUGGCACAGAGUCAGAUACACUUUUUAAUUUCUAUUUGCAAAGUAAAAAUGGCAUAUUCAAUCUGUAUUGUCCUGAAUUUCCUUGCCAAUCUAACAACUGGGAUUUCUCCACUAACACUGGUGGUAAUGCCUUUAGAGAGAUAUGUGGCUGUAUGUUUCCCACUGAGACAUUGUUCCAUUAUUACCAUCAGAAACACAAAUGCUAUAAUCAUUGCAAUCUGGGCUGUCAGCUCAUUAAACAAUCUCACUCAUGUUUUCUGGUUCUUAAAGUCUUCAUCAGAAAAAAUGGAGAUUUGGAAGCUUAAAGACCUUUGUUCUAACAUAGCCUUGGUUAUUGGGGCUCUAACUAGUGCAUAUGACAGAGCCUAUACCUCUGUUGUGUUUGUUUCAGCUGGUGUUGCUGCAGCCUUUUCCUAUGUUGGUGUCAUUAAAGCAGCCAGAUCAGCCUCCACAGAUAAAGCUUUAGCAAAUAAGGCCCGUCACACUCUGCUGCUUAAUUUAAUUCAACUUGGACUUAGUCUUUCCUCAACAAUUUACAACCCACUCAUGUUAGCUGUUUCAAAGGUUUUGACAAGAGUGGCAUUUUCAUGGGUUCGGAAUAUUUUCUAUGUUUGUUUCAUAAUUUUCCCCAGAUGUUUGAGCUCUCUCAUCUAUGGGCUCAGAGAUCAGACCAUCAGACCUGUUCUGCUGUAUUAUUUAUGUUGUAGCCCAAAAGUCAGAGGCUAA